AUGAUCAAAUCAGUCUAACAUAUAGAGGAUAAAUGUAACACUCUCGAAAAUAUUAGUACAAAGGACAUUUAUCAAUUUAAAUUCUUAGAAUUCGACAUUUUAGAAGAGAUAUUAUUUUAAAAGUAAGAAGAAACUGCUGUUUCUUUACCUUGGGCAAAAACAAUAAUUGUUAAUUUUUGGAAUAUCCCCAAAGAAAACUAUACAUUGUUUAAUUUAUAUGGAGGUAUGAAAAUCCUAUUUGACAUGGACAUAAUCAAGGAUCUCUAAGAAGUUCAAUUCAAGUUCUUUUCAAAUGAAGAUAUCUAAGCAUUGAUUAAAUUAAAAUGGCUACAAUCUGACAAUACCAACUACUUUUAUUUUGAAAUACAAGAGGAGAAUCAAUAUGAAUUAACACUUUAAUGGAGAGAUCCCAUCUAAAAUGCUGAAUGCUCAAGCUUAGAAUUGGAGAGGUAGCUACUAAAGAGGAAUCUUACUAAAUUGUUAAAUAAAAUAGGUGAUUAUAGUAAUAUCUAUGAUUAGUAAGAGUUAUUUGAUAUGAUUUUGGAGAAUCAAUACGAUACGAUCUAUGUUUACUUCCCUUCAAUAAUAAAGUUAAAAAUCCAUACUAAAAUAUUUGAAAAUAGUGAAGAAUAAGUUAGAUCAGUAGAGUUGUUCAUUCAUAAUGAAUGGUUCAAGGAAAGAUAGGAUAAUUUAAUUGCCUAAUUCGAGAUAUUGCAUACUCAAAUCUAAAGAUCUAUGAUUGAUAAUACUGAUGAAAUAGUAUUAGAUUACGCCUUGAUUUACGAUGAAGAACAAAUCAAUUGUUCUCAAUUAAUGAGUAAGAUCAAUUCAUUGAUAAUUAAAAUAUUGCUAACAAAUAAUAAAAGAAUUCAAACUAUCUUAUUGUCUCUGAUGCCUCUGGAGAUUCAUUUUGAAUUAGAUAUGAAGAGAUAAGAACUAAAUCUAGAUAUCAAUUUGCAUCAUGAGGAUCCAUAAGAUAUAUAUUAAGAAGGAUUGAUAAUUUUACUAUAAACAAUCACAACUUGCAAAUUGUUUUAAUCUUUGAAGGUUGAUAUUCAAUAGGAAGAUGAUUCAAAUAAUGUAAAAUUUCAAUUGUUCUCCUUCAUCAUGAUGAUUCAUGAAUUCCAAUAGACUCUUAUUAAAAAAGGAACUUUUACAUACAAUAAUUAUUCCUUGAUUCCGAGAUACAAUUCAGUUUGUUCAAAAGGGGCAAUGAAUUAUUUAAUUUCAGAGAAGAAGUCGAUUUAUUCAAUUUCUGAUAAAGACUAUCUUGAUAUUCAGAGAGAAAUCGGAUGCUUCAUCCAAUAUCUGAGUUUUUAUGCUAAGGAGAGUAGUUCAAUUAUAAUUUCCUGUGAUAUGUGUGAGUUGAGCAAUUCUAGUAAGUAAUUCUACGAUCAAUUGAUUGAAUAAUUAAUAAAACAGAAUGGAAUAUUGGAAUUCGGAAUAUUAGAUAGUGGGAAUCGAGAUCAGAAAUAUUAUGAAAGAAUUAAAGAAGAGGAUGCUGACAACAUUGUUGAUGAUAGAUAAAAAAUAUCAGAGCAGAAUGAGGUGGGAGAGUAUAAAAGAACUGAUUAAUUAUUUGCCAAAUGA